AUGUCGACGCAGACGCAGGCAGUCUUGGCUCAUGACAGCGAUGAAUCAUCAUCAGAAGAGCUCGUUCCCUCGACUAUUUCGGAUACCACUGAUGAUGACUUAGAGCUCGAUAUCGGCGUCACCUUCACCUCCAGUCUCAUCAACGGCUUGGUUAUCAUCGGACUACCAGCAAUCACAAAAGACCUUCAGCUACCGCCCCCUCUGGCCUUUUGGCCGGCAUCAGUCUCUGGCCUGGCUACAGCUUCUAGCUUGCUACUGGCCGGGGCGGUUGCUGAUGUCCUAGGGCCAAGAUGGGUUGAUCUUGUCGGCUGCUUUGCGAGCGGAGCUCUGAUGAUUGGAUCAGGGGCAUCUGGCAAAGGCACAGAACUCGUUGCGUUUCGGGCUCUUCAGGGAUCGGGUUGGGAAUGCAUCUUGCCUCGUCAGUCGCUAUCAUCACUCAAUUUUCUGAGUGCGGAUGUGGAAACAAUUCGUCAGCCUGGGAGCAUCGCUAUGCUUUGUCUGAGCACAAUUGCUUUUCUCGCCUUCGUCGGUUGGGUUCAUCGUCAGGAUGAAGCCAAGAAGCCAGCUUUGAUCCCAAACUCCAUUUGGAAGAAUGCGACCUUUUUCAGUAUUUGUGUCACUAUUGCCCUAUCAUUUGCUGUCCUGAAUUCCAUGGAAUUGUUCUGCAGCUUGUUCUUUCAAGAGAUCCAGCAUCUACCAGCUCUUCAAGCGUCCAUUCGGAUCUUGCCCUGCACACUAGUUGCUGCACUUGUCAAUAUCGUUGUGGGUCUUUUCGUCCACAAGAUUCCUGCUAUCUGGAUCGUCACUGUCACGUCGAUACUUUGUGCUGGCUCUCCUCUACUGAUGGCUGUUAUCGAUCCCUCUUGGCCUUAUUGGGGUAACGCGUUUGUGGCACAGAUAUUGCAACCUAUUAGUUGUGAUGCACUUUUUACGGUCGGGUUGAUCAUCAUUACCGACGUCUUCCCUGAAGAUACGCAGGGUCUUGCUGGGGCAGUGUUCAACACAGCCGCACAGUUCGGAAGCGCGCUGGGUCUGGCUAUCCUCCAGGUGAUAUCCACACAGGUGACAAAGGACUCAAACAGCACUGACAAAGUGGUUGCCCUCAUGCAGGGGUAUAGGGCCAGCUUCUGGACGAUGUUUGGCAUGAUGCUACUAUGUACGAUUGUUGGACUGCUGGGAUUGAGGAAAGCGGGACGAAUCGGCCUCAAACGAGACUAA